AUGCGUUUUCUUUACUAUUUUGCUUUCCUUGGAGCUGCAGGUAGUGCAUUGGCGCUUCCUGUCUCUGGUAAUGACCAGCUAGAGCGUGCUACUGAAGAGGUUGACAAACGCUUCUAUUAUACCAAUUAUGCGCCUCCAGAGAAGCGUGACGAGAACCUCGACAAACGCUUCUACUAUACCCAUUAUGUGCCUGAGGAGAAGCGCGACGAGAACCUCGACAAACGCUUCUACUAUACCAAUUAUGUGGAUCCGGAGAAGCGUGACGAGAACCUCGACAAACGCUUCUACUAUACCCAUUAUGUGCCUGAGGAAAAGCGCGACGAGAACCUCGACAAACGCUUCUACUAUACCCAUUAUGUGCCUGAGGAGAAGCGCGACGAAAACCUCGACAAACGCUUCUACUAUACCAAUUAUGUGGAUCCGGAGAAGCGUGACGAAGAAGCCGUCGAGGCUCCAUGA